AAGGAUUUUCACAUUCCAAUUUGGUAUCAGCAGCUCUAUUCUUCCGGCCAUGGCUUCCUCCUCCAAAUUUCACCCCGCCUUGGCCGUCUCCAAUAUUAAAAACUUCAUCCCCAUAACCCUCGAUCUUGAAACCGUGGAAUAUUCUUCAUGGGCGGAACUCUUCCGUAUUACCGCCCGGGCCUAUCAAGUCCUCGACCACCUACUGCCCGCCACCCUUGAAACCGACUCCCCUCCUUCUGCCGCUACUACACUCGAACAACGGUUGGAACUUGAAGCUGCCGCCGUCGAAGCUAAGGCCCUUUGGGACCGCCUUGAUGCCGUCGUCCUACAAUGGAUCUACGGCACAAUUUCUCACGACCUUCUCCACACCAUCAUCGAGCCCGACUCCACGGCUCACAUGGCUUGGUCACACCUUGCGGACAUCUUCCAGGACAACAAACACUCAAGGGCGGUGUACUUGGAAAAUCAGUUUUCCAAUACCCGUCUUGAUCAAUUUCCCAACGUUGCCUCCUACUGCAAAGCCCUCAAGCUCCUGGCCGACCAACUAAGCAACGUCGGCGCUCCGGUCACCAAUAGUCGCCUUGUCCUUUGCCUUGUUAACGGACUGCCGGAACAUUUUGACACCGUGGCUUCCCUCAUCCAACAAGCCGAUCCUCUCCCGCUUUUCUCCAAGGCCCGGUCCAUGUUGUCUCUCGAAGAGGCUCGUAAGAAUCAACAAGCCGGUAACCCACUCGCUGCCGCCAUGGUGCACACGGACCGUAACCCCCCUCACUCCCCUCCUCGUCCCCAGUCUCUUCACCCCCGCCCAGAACCUCGGCACAACCGCUCUCGGGGUCGUGGUGGCCGCCAACGCUCCACCCGUCCUCCAUACUCGGCCCCCACCCCACCACCCGGCCACUGGCCAUACCCCCCUAACCCUUGGUCCUAUUGGCCUCCUCACCCUUGGUCCGCACCACCCUGCCCAUACCCCUCCAACCCACUGCCACACAAACAACCCCCCUCUAACCCCUCCCCCGGCAUUCUUGAACCACGCCCACAGGCCUACUACUCCACCACCGGUACCACCCCAACUGACAUACAAGUUGCCAUGCACACCAUGACCCUCACUCCGCCGGACAACAAUUGGUAUAUGGACACCGGGGCAACCUCCCACAUGACAUCUUCCUCAGGAUCUCCACACAGGGACACAAAUACUGUGGUGCAAUAGUUACGGCCACCUCUAUCCCGUUCGCCCAAGUUCCGGCUCUUUUCCCUCUCAUGCUUCUACCUUAAUAACUAUCCCCGCUGAACUUUGGCACAGUCGCCUUGGUCAUCCGGGAGAUCCCAUUUUUAAUUCUCUUAGAAUGAAUAAUGUUAUUUCUUGUAAUAAACUUCAUGCGUCUGUUUGUACUUCAUGUCAAAUGGGCAAACAUGUCAAGUUUCCUUUUUCUCAUUCCUUAUCUACUACUUCUAAACCAUUUGAAAUAAUACAUAGUGAUUUAUGGACAUCUCCUGUACUAAGUCAUAGCGGACAUCGUUAUUAUGUAUUAUUUUUGGAUGA